UCACAUUGCCUCGUCGAUUGUCCUUCACCUAAGAAUUCCAUCUCAGAUAUUAUCAGAUGGGAAAUGUCCCUUAUUUCUCCAAGAGCACAUAAGUAGAGCACCGAAAAUGGUAUUGCCAACUGACCUUAGGAGCCAUUCCUUAUCAAACAGACUGCAAUUACCCCUAUCACCAUCAUUGAACUUGAACGCCAAGCCAACCCAUCAAAAACCCAUGUUCAAUACACCCUCUGAAAAACCCUUUCUCAAUACACCCACCGGCUCCCUAAAACAAUCAUCAUCUCUGCACCCGAAUUCAUAUGAACUCGAUUCAUAUCCCGAGCAUAUAGAUUCCUGGCCCUCAAGGUCUCUGAACUCAAAAAAUUACUCUCAACAAUUUGGACAGGACAUAGAUGACCCCGGUCUCGAGUUCAGAAAAAAGCUUGAGUACCUAGAACUUUUCGAGGUUGACACUCCAAGGGCCAUUAGAGAAAACCCAUUAAUACUUUCCACCAGUUUACACAACAUAGAGAAAGUUGUAGGCUUCUUGCAGCAAUGGGGAAUGCUACACAAAGACUUCGGAAGAAUCUUUGGUAUGUGCCCACAAAUCUUAACUUGCAAUGUUGAUAAGAACUUGGUCCCAAUACUAGACUUUUUGCUUUUUGAAGUGAAAAUCCUUAGAAAAGACAUUAGAAAAUGUAUUAACAGAUGCCCAAGAAUUCUGGAAUCUAGUGUAACAGACCAACUUAGGCCUACCCUGCAGUAUCUCAAGAAAUUGGGUUUACAAGAAGAAAGAUUUGCGGAUUGUUCCAAUACAGUACUAUUGGUUUCCAGUAUUGAAAAUACCCUCGCUCCUAAGCUGGAGUAUUUGCAGAGUUUGGGUUUUGAUCACAAGGAUGCUGUAAGCAUGGUGGUGAGGACUCCAGGGAUUUUUACAUUUAGUAUAGCCAAUAAUCUUAAGCCAAAAUUUGAUUAUUUGGUGAACGAGAUGGGGGGUGGGCUUCAGGAUUUGUUAGAAUUUCCGCAGUACUUUACUUUCAGUUUGGAGAAGAGGAUCAAGCCUAGGCAUAGGCUUUUGGUGAAGCACAAACUUUGGUUGCCUUUGCCUGCGAUGUUGAAGAAAACUGAACCUGACUUUUUCUAUACAUUCAGACGACAACUAACUGGCUAGGGCUAAAAUUGCGUUUUCAGUCAAUCUCAAGACGAUGUCCAUGAUUAGUCAUUGCAGUAAUGCCACAUUUCCUCAUUACACUAAGGAUUUUUCUGAAACUCAGUUAUCUGCAGAAGUGAAAGUGAAAUUUAUAUUAAUGUCCUAAAAUGCUUAAGGUCAUGGACUCUCCCAAUCUUGGUCUUUAGCGAAAUUGAAACAAUUUUAAUGUGCAGUGACAAAUCAUAUAAAGUAGAAUAAUAGGACUGAAGUACAUGCUCAAUAUAGCAACCAAUUUGGGGGCAUCUAUAUUUGCAGAAACAGACAGGCAUUGGAACAUUGCAUUCCACAAUCCAUUUGUCAAGAAACAGACAUUUCUUGGACCACUUCCUGCCUCAAUUGGCUGUCUGAAUCAGCCGAAACAUUUUAAAAUAUCCAAAACUUUGUGUCCAUAUUAAUUGUGUCCAGAAUCCAAGUUCCAUGGCAUUUCGGGAUGGCAAUAUAUAUGUAUAUAUAAACUCAAAUUUAUACAGGAUUAUAUUUUCAUAUAAUAUAUAAAAUUCUGAUUUCAUUGUAAAAUGUUAUCAUAAUAACAAAAGGCCUGGAUGCAAAAUCAUAAAUGAAAGUAUAAUGACUAACAUACAUUUCUUACAAGUGAAUGCGGUCAUAGAAUUGCCCAUUGAACAAUGCUAUCUGGUGAAGCUGAAAGUAUGGAACACCUAUACUUACUGUAAUAUGAAAGUUGAAUGAUUUGUAGUUUUUGAUAUUAUGAUAGUGAGGUUUUAACAAUUCGGGUAUAUUUGUAAAAAUUUCUAUAACAUUUUUUUAUCACUGAAAAAUUACAACCUUAGCUUCUCAGUUGAAACUUCUUCCUGUUUAGUUUUCAGUUUCUUGUUCCUGGUAACAUAGGAGGCAUCAUCACAAACAAAAAGCUGCAACUGAUAUAAUCACAACCAGGUGGCUUGCAACUAUAAUCUAAUGCCCUUGAUGAACUUUUUCUCAUUUACCAUUCUGAUUAUUGCACCAUUUAAACAGUGUAUUUAGGUUAUUCGGUGCUGUUAAGGAAAGCAAAAUGCUAGUCUCAGAGGAACUUUGUAUGUGAUUUACAUUUUAAUUUUUGAGAUAUUGUAUUGCUCACAAUUCAAUGCAGUGAUUGCCUUCUGGAUGAAGGCUGCAAGAUACAUUGCAGAUACUCCUCGGUAAAUGGUAUGUGAUUGGAGUGAAAGAAAUUGCUGAUUUUCUAUACCUCUUUUGUAGACUGCCCAUGUCCUUUAAGUACUAUUAACUAAAUCAUUUAAUAGCCCACCAUAUUAUGUCUUAAAACCAUUUUUGUUGUUUCUUUAGUUGUAAAGAAGAAUCGAGUACAAUAACAGUGCUGCUUUCAUAUCUAAUUCUCGUAUGAUGCAGGACAUCAAUAUUGGGUUUGCUCUAGCAAAAGUUUGUGAUUUUGAAUCUUAUUGAUUUUAUGGAUGCCUAGCAUUUCUCUGAAGGUGAGCUCUUCCUUACACAAUAUGGUGAGGUGCACAGGACCAAGCUCCAUUUAUUGUAGUUCAAGGCCCUGGCCACAAUGCAUAAUUUUAACUUAUUGACAGACGAAACAGAUUUAAGCUGCUUGCUAUUGGUAAUUAACAACAUAUCAACAUGAUAGUGCUUACUGCAUAGAGCACCGGGAUCGUUUAUGUUCUCAUCCAGCAAUUUAUCUCAAGAAACAAACCGUGCAACAGCUAUUUAACAAGUAAUCAUUUACAUAUCACAAGCAUUAAUUCAAAGAUUCAUUAUAUGGUGUCUGAACCCUCAGUUCUUCCAUCCAUCUCUUUCUGAUAUUUAUCAAGGGAUCCCUUGGCAAAAUAUGUAGUAUUCUGGUUUCCUAGUUGCUAAUAUGAUGACCAGAAUGCUACUCUGUUUGCUCCUUUUACCAGUAACAAAUGAACUAUCAAACUACAUAUAAAUUAUAAUGCUAGGCAGAUUUCUUCUGAGGAGGCUCAAAUAAUCCUGUGUAAUCUUUGUAUUUUCAAUGUGAAUGUUGGCGAUUUGAAAGAGCUACCACUUGGAAGAAACAAGACAAUUGUAUAUGCAUGCAAAACUCUAUACUUGUCGCUGGUCUUACGUCUCUGAAGAUAAAUAUGAUGACCUGACAACAAACAUGGUGCCCAGAAUAAAAAAGACUGAAACACAAUUUGAUCUUAUCUCAACUUUAUGUUGCUAUCAGCUAAGCUGCUUUGUCGGUGUGUGGAGAUGCUUUUCAAAGAGGAAGAUCUUCAUAGAAGUAGUAAAUUUGAAAUUUCACAGGUCAGUAGACAUCUUUGUGCAGAAGACAUAAAAGGCUUGAGAUGGAAGCAGGAUGUUACUCAGCAUCUUAUGUCAUCCUUACAUACAAAUUGACCAGAAGCAAUUCAUACAUUUUAAAUAUUUUGUAUGGAACAUUAUUGUCACUUGUUAGACAUGUGGACCAGAUAGUUUUUUGAAACUAUUUUUUGGGAGUUAAAAAAAAGCAUUGAUUAGAAGUGGUGUACUGCAAUGUCUUAUGCCAAAAUAAUUAUGCAAAUACGAUUCUUAA